AAAGGAGGCGUUGCGUCAUGCAUUCAGAUUCCGAAGGGUUGUGCUGUCUCAUUUAAGAGACAAUCUAUACAUGGUUUCCAGUACCUGCUGCUGUUAAAAAAGCAGCAGUGGAAGGAUGAUGUAAGAACAGAUUAUUUCUGUGUGUCAGUUACUCAGCUGCACUCUGGAGGCUGGCUACAUGUGCUAAGUGAAUAUCAACGAGCUGUGGUGAAAAUGUGGAGUUUUACUUAUGAAUUCACAAAAGCUCAAAAGUCAGAGGUUUUUAUUUGAAGUGGGGUGCAGUGGAUUUUGUGGUAAUGAAGAUUACUUCAUUGAGAAUGUGUCCCUGUAAUGGUUUAUUUGAGGAAAAUGAACAGUUUCACUGCUGGAAAAGGGGAAUUCAUUUAACUGGAUUAUUUUAAAGGACUGAACAAAUAGAAGCAGCAUCUGAACAUAAAUACAGAACGAUAUCUAUGAUCUGUAUCCAUCCAAGCAUUUUAGAGGUUUUAAUAUUUUUCAUUACCAUUGUGCAUUUAACAUUUUUAUCCCUUUUCUCAUUUUCAGUUUUUGUUGAGAAGGACAUUUAGACAUCCAUCAAUGUCUUUUGUUAUAAAUAUUUAAUGUCAAAUAAAAUAAAAAAGCUGCAGGUACCUACAUAUAUUAAGUAGUGUGCCGAAUUCUUGAGCUUAAAAAGCUGAAAAGUCAAUAUUUGGUAUGACCAGCUGAGUUCUUUAGCACAGCCUGAACUCUUUUAGGUAAGCCUUGUUUUAAUUUCUUUAAGCAGUCAGUGGUUCUGCCGGCUCCUUGAAGGGCGUUCAAAACUCUUCGUUGGAUGUUGGCUGCCUUUUGUUCAGUUCUGUUCAAGCUGAUCCCACACCACUUUAAUAAUAUUGACGUCCAGGCUCCGGAGGAGGGCCAAGUUCAUGACUGAUAGUGUUCCAUUGUGUGUUUUUUCUAUUCAGGUAUGCUUUUACUGCACUGGCAGUGUGUUUGGGAUCGUGCUGAAAAAGAAUCCGUUGCCAGUCAGUUGCUUUCCAGAUUUCCAUGGUAUUCCAUGGUGUUGCACAGUGGAUCAAAAUCCAACUCCAUUCAUAACUCCAUCAAUUGUGACAAGAUCUCCAACUCAGCUGUCUGAAAUGCAGCCCCAAACCAUGAUAGAGCUCCUGUCGUGUUUUACAGAUGGCUCUAGACACUCACUGUUGUAGCUCUCUCCUGACUUCCUCCUGCUGACAAUUUGAACCAGAAAUGUCAAAUUUGGAUUCAUCACUCCAUCAGACCUGUUUCCACUUAUUUAAGUCAGGUUAUGGUGUAAUUUGGCAUACCUCAGCCUUUUCUCUCUGUUUCCUUUUAUGUUCACGAUAGCCGCCCUUCCACUGAGACCAUCUCUAAUGAGGCUUCAGUGAACAGCAGAUGGAUCAACUGAAAGAGAGCCAGCUGCUUCCAGGGAAUAACUUCACCACGGACUGCAACAUCCCUGGAAUCUUCAUGUGUGGCGAUGGCAAGUGUGUCCCAGGCGGGCGGCAGUGUAAUGGACUACCCGACUGCUUUGACAAAAGUGACGAGAAAGGCUGUCCUAAGGUCAAGUCAAAGUGUUCUCCUACAUUCUUCGCCUGUGCUAACGGUGUCCACUGCAUCAUUGGACGCUUCCGCUGCAACGGCUUCAGCGAUUGUCCUGACGGGAGUGAUGAGGAAAACUGCACGGAGAACCCCUUGGUGUGCUCGGAGGCUCGCUUUAAGUGUCGAAAUGGCCGUUGUGUGGACCGCAGCUUCUUGUGUAAUGGACAGGACAACUGUCAGGACAACAGUGACGAGGAGAUUUGCUUGACUACAGCAGAAGCUCCUGGACAGGACUUUGUGACACUGGACUAUCGCCUGCGCUACUACCCUAGCAUCACCUACGCCGUCAUCGGCAGCACCGUCAUCUUUGUCCUUGUGGUAGCCUUGCUGGCCUUGGUCCUCCAUCACCAGAGAAAACGCAGCGUCCUGCUGCCCAGAGGUGUACGAGGAAGUUCACAUACCCACCACCAUCACCAGCCCCUGCUACUGUCCCGUCUGGUCAUCUUGGACCGAGGCCACUUACAUUCUGGAGGUCCGGCACUCUCCCCUGGCUCCCCCACCACAACCGGUCAAUACAGCUCAACACCUCGAGCUCUGCAGCUACUGUCUGGGACCCUGUAUCCCUCAGCACCUUCCAUGGAUUCCCCUCCAUCAUACUCAGAAGCUGUUCUAGAUGUCAGUCGACCUCCUUGGUUUGACCUCCCUCCGCCCCCUUACCUCCAAGAUGGAGAGCUUGCUUCAGAAGGCGAGCUUCCUCAAUAUGAGGCCCCACAGGACCCUCUGAGCCACCCCACGGCUCAUCCCUGCACCCUCUCAAUACCCAGAACUGUGGCCACAGGCACACAGCCGAGCAAUCACUCCGGAGAGGAGUCGGUCCAGCUGUAGCUACUCUAGUGGAGACUGCUAGACCUUAAAGACUGCAGGACUCAAGGACCAGGCUGCAGGGCAGCAUGAUGCCAGGACAGUCCACAGCAAAGACCCGCUUGAGGUGAUUCAACAAGGACUGACAGGCUGAACAGUGACCUCAGCUUGUUGCUGACAUAUCACUGAAGAACAGCUCUCCCUGGUGGACUGAGCUUGUGUGUUGGCGCCCCCUGCUGGGAUCACAGCUGUACUAGUUUGGUUGAAUUCGCCCCCUGAAGAAUUACUGUGUAUAUUACCUACCUGUGAGCACAAACUGUAUCUCUAAAGAAGUAGGAGCUAUUUCAUCAACAUAUUCGUUAACGUGUAAUGUUGUGUGUCAGUGGUGAUAUUUGUCUUUGUGUGUUACUUUUCUGCAGCACUUGGAGAGCGAAGUCAGAGUCGUGCAGCACUUUGCAACACUCCCCUCUCAAUUUUAGAUUUCGUGUCUACAACAUCUGACUUUUAUUUUUGAUUCAACUGCAAAAUACUCUAAUAAUAGAUCAAAUCUAUGCUGCUGAGAAGAUUUCAGAGACUUAACAGAAUCCCAUGUAGCUGUGGCAAACGGGAGCGGCUCAGUGAGAGAGAGUUUUUAUCUGAUUGAAGUGCUGAUGUGAAAAAUGAACUAAUAAUAUGGCUAGUGAUAAAUAUUAACAGUUGCAGAUUCUUUAAUAGGUUUUAUAGAUAUUUGUUAAAGAUGAGUGGAGGUUGUUUCUUUCCUUUCAGUAUUUGUUUGUUCACUGUUUCUUGUCAUUUGGUUAAAUUCCAGCUGAAAAUGUGAAGAGGACCAGAGUUAGAAAUUAUAUAGAUUAUAUAAGUUAUAUAGUUAUAUAUAGAAGAGCAGAGGUUAUGUAAGUAUUAAGUUUCAUAAAUAAUUCCUCUAAGCAAAAGAACCACCCUGCUGGUAAUGCAUUUCUGUCUGAAGGCCUGUAAGUAUUUUAUGUAAACACAAAGAAAUAGAAAAUACAAAGAAUUGUGUUGAGGCCUUAUUUUAUGCUAAUGCCUUCUUUGUUUGUGGUAUUCAACAAUAAGCUCUCAGACAACCUUUUAAGAACAUGCUGUCUUCCAAAAUGUAAUGAAUUUAUAUAACUUUGUGAUUCAGAAAAUUCAUCCUCAGUAGUAUUAGAAUCACCAAUUCAUAUCCGAAGGUUCUUUUAUUCAUUUCAAAGUGGUUUGUUCAACACUGUACACGCACACACACACACACACACACACACACACACACACACACAUAUAUAUACAUAUAUAUGUGUAAAAAAAAGUUAUCUUUUUUAAGUAGAAGGCUACUUGGAGUUUAAAAGUGAGAGAUGAAUGUGUAACAGUGAAAUUAAGUUUUUAGUUCUCGCCUAGAGGCAGCGGUGAUGAUGCAGGUACAAAAUUAAAAAAACAAUCAAACCAAAGAUAGUCAUUAUAUAAACCUAUUUCCCUCCAAAGGAACAUUUAUUAUGCCUGUAACUUUAUUAUAUCAGAACAUGCAAAGGUUUAUUGGGCAAAACAGAAUUCAUGUUAUUGCUGUAAAACUGGAAAAUGGUUCUCAGGACAGAUUGUACCAGUCAGACAAUUCAGUUUAUAUCUCAGUUUUGUGUCGAGUUCUCUUUUUAUUUCGCAUUUGUUCUCAUACAUAUUUGUGAAGUGGUCCGUGAUGAUCUUUUUACCCUUUGUAUUCUGUACAUUGGAAAUAAUAUAAAUAUUUCUGACUCAGA